AUGGCAUGCUGCUGUAAACCCGGAAAAUCGAAUAAAUCAUCAACAAGUUGUUUAGGACGGUGUGAUCUGCCAAAGCACAGAUGUUUAGAGAGACGCGAGGUAAAACCUGGACCUGUGCCCAAACACAUGGGUUGGUUGUAUACGGCCAAAAAUUCACCUGAACAUCAGUUACGAUGCGGUUGGCGCCCGGGACAUGUAUCUUGUUCUGUACUCCGGAAGAUUGAACAACAUAAUUCUAUGAGAAUGGGCAGUUGCACUCCUUGCCCUUCUAGCUGUUCACGCCCCUUUUGUUCAAAGCCAUGCUGCAUGCCUCCGAAAUGCCUAGCUCUAUGUCCAUCCUCACCAUCAUGCUGCAAACAGCCUGCGGCUACACAGCCAAUCCUUAGAAUAAUAAGACACGAAGGACAAUAUACAAUAUGUACAAAACCGUCCAAUGUCAACAACGCUCCGUCUGGUCCAUACCCACUAAAGUACGUCCUGAACACAGAUCCCGAUGAAGGACCAACAGCGAACGCAAAGUAUAGCGUAGAGGCUAAAUUUAAUGAUUACCAUUUUGAUUACACUAGCUCCCAGUCUUCCUUCGUUUUAGACUUUUCGCCCCCCGAACAAAGAUGCUUUAAGCCAUGUCCGAAAUAA